AUGCCAUCUAUUAGAAUGAUACUUGCGCAUGAAUUUGGCAAUGAACAUCGUAGUGGUUCAAACAACAGAUGCAUUCAUUGUGCUCAUCUGCAAUGCAAAGAAGGUGAAGUUGACAAAGACGAUAUGAAAAAAGAAAAAAUUGAAGUCGAAGAAAUCGAAAUCGAAGAAAUCGAAAUCGAAGAAAUUAAACAAGAAGAAAUCGAAAUUGAAGAAAUUAAACAAGAAGAAAUUAAACAAGAAGAAAUUAGAGAAGAAAUGAUUUUUCAAUAUCCUUUUAACAAACAACAUGAUUCUAACAAAUAUAUACUUCCUGACUAUGUAAAUGUUAACGAAUUGCCGUUGUCACCUUUAUCGGAAGCGACAAUAAAAGAUGAAAUCUAUGGCUGGGAAUAG